UGAGCAGCCUGCCCAGCCGCGCUGCUGACACAUUCAGGGACGCUCGUAAACUUGGGAACUAACAACUUUGGUCACUGAUCCACUGCAGCUCCUCCAAGUGCCUCAGAGGUUCCAAAUUCAGAUUGUCCGCACUGUGCCUCCCUUGUCUCUUUCUCUGCGGCUCCUCAAACUGAACAAACUGAGAGUUUCUCCUGCAGAGGCCGAGGAGGAAGAGGAGGAGGAGGAAGAUCCUGCGGGAGCCAAGAGGAGGAAGAGGAGGCAGGAGCAGCGCUCAGGAAUGCAGCAGAUUUAACCGGAGAGACAUGUCCAGCGUUACCAUGGAAGCGACCACCAUCCUCCCCAUCCUCAAGAAAAAACUGGCUUUUUUGUCAGGGGGGAAGGACAGGCGCAGUGGUCUGAUCCUCACCAUCCCUCUGUGUUCGGACCAGACCAGCAUGGAGGAGCUGAGCGCCACACUGGACUACUUGCUCAGUAUACCCAGUGAGAAGUGUAAGGCUCGUGGUUUCACCGUCAUCGUCGAUGGUCGUAAAUCUCAGUGGAACAUCGUCAAGACUGUGGUGCUCAUGUUGCAGAACGUGAUCCCAGCUGAGGUCUCUCUGGUCUGCGUGGUGAAACCUGAUGAAUUCUGGGACAAGAAGGUCACACACUUCUGCUUCUGGAAGGAGAAAGACCGUCUGGGCUUUGAGGUGAUCCUGGUGUCAGCCAAUAAGCUGACUCGUUACAUCGAGCCGUGUCAGCUGACCGACGAGUUCGGAGGAAGUCUGGACUACGACCACAUCGACUGGCUCAACAAGAGACUGGUGUUUGAGAAGUUCACCAAGGAGUCGACAUCGCUGCUGGACGAGCUGUCGGUCAUCAACGAGCGAGACAAGAGCAGCGCCGUGGACAAAGACAAACCAGCUGACUCCAACCUGCUGCCGUCAUUUGACCCUGAAACUGUCCUGCAGACCGGUCAUGAGUUGCUGUCGGAGCUCCAGCAGCGUCGUUUUAAUGGCUCAGAGGGAGGAGGAGGAGGAGGAGGACAGGGAGGUCCGGCCUGGUGUCCCAUGGAGGAGGAGCUGCUGGCCCAGCCGCAGGUCAUGAAGCUGCUAGACUCGCUCAGAGAGCAGUACACCCGCUACCAGGAGCUCUGCAGGCAGCGAAACAAACGCACCCAGCUGGAUGAGAUCCAUGCCAAGGUCAUGCAGGUGGUGUCCUGGCUGCAGGGUCCAGGUUCGGAGCAGCUGAAGACCCAGCAGGCCAUCGGAGACUCCAUCAGAGCAGCUCAGGCUCUACAGCAGAGACACGAGGAGAUCGAGAGCCAGCACAGUGAGUGGUUCGCCGUGUACGUGGAGCUGAACCAGCAGAUCGCCGCCCUACUGGGCGGCGGUGAGGAUGACGAUGUGACGGAGCUGAAGGCUCUGCAGCAGCAGCUCAGCGACGUCUGCUACCGGCAGGCCGCAAUGCUGGAGGGCCGGCAGAACGUCCUGCAGGCGGCACACAGCUUCCACAGCACCGUGCAGGAGCUGUCGCAGCAGCUGGACGGCUUGCUGGGCAUGCUCUGUGCAGACGUGGCUCCAGUGGACGGAGCUUCAAUUCAGCAAAACCUCAAACUGCUGGAGGAGAAACUGAAGACUGUCGAGGCUGGUCUGCAGGCCCUCAGGCAGAAGGGGGCGCUGCUGCUGGACCAGAUCUCCACUCAGCCUCUGGAGGAAACAGAAAGUCCAGCAGCCGACAGCCAGGAGAACGUCCAGCACAUCCAGGCGGUGAUGGAGGACAUGCAGCUCCGCAAGCAGAGGUGUGAAGACAUGGUGGAUGUGAGGAGGCUGAAGAUGCUUCAGAUGGUCCAGCUCUUUAAAUGUGAAGAAGAUGCUUCACAGGCGGUGGAGUGGCUGGGCGAGCUGCUGGACGCUCUGCUGAAGACUCACAUCCGACUGGGCGAGGACGCGCAGGAGACCAGAGCCAUGCUGGACAAACACAGGAAGUUUGUGGACGUCGCUCAGAGUACGUACGAUUACGGCCGACAGCUGCUGCAGGCCACCGUGGUUCUGUGUCAGUCUCUGCGCUGCACGACCCGCUCCUCAGGAGACACUCUGCCUCGCCUCAACCGGGUCUGGAAGCAGUUCAGCGUCACCGCCGAGGAGAGGCUGCACCGCCUGGAGCUCGCCCUCGGCUUCCACACCGCCGCCGAGAAGGUGCUGCAGGAGGAGCAGCUGCCAGGAGAGGAGGAGCUGCUGGAGGUCGACACCGUGGGCAAAACACUGCUGGACCGACUCACCAUACCUGUCAUCUUCCCUGAUGGGAGCGAGCAGUACUUCGGGAGCCCCGGUGACAUGGCGGCAGCAGCGGAGGCAGUCCGGGAGCGCCUCCUGCUGGUGGAGGAGCGCCGGCUGCAGCUGCAAGAGGCGGAGCUUCAGAACGACGAGGAGGAGGAGGUGCUAAAUGAGCCGGCAGAGGCGGGGCUGGACGUGAUAGGAGAGGAACUGAACGAGAAAGAAGAGGAGGAGGAGGAGGAGGAGGAGGAGGAGGUGGAGGAAGAGGGGGCGGGGCUACAGGAUGAAGAAAUCGAGCCAGCCACCCAGGACUGCUAGUGGAUCUCACCAAAACGAGGAGCUUUAACGAGGCUCAUUAAUGAAAGACAGAUAAUUAACUGAUGAACUCGCUCUGUCAGGACGGCUAACGGAGCGCCACCGAGCAGCCGCUGCCUGUUACAUCACACUGACAUCACCGCCUCAGUGUGGUGACAACCAAUCAGACGGCAGCCUCUGUCUGACAGCAGUGGACUGUUUCUCCACACUAAGACUACAUUUCCCAUCAGCCCCGUUGCUUCCUGUCCCCCCCCUCCCGAAAGCCUUCAGAGAUUUAGAUCUGACCCUCGUCCACUUCCUGCUGUGAGACAGAGACACACAGUGCAGUUCAGUGUUGUGUCCAGUGGGGGCAGCACUGAGCUAAACAGAGCAGAAUAUGUGUUGGUCAGUGGGGCUAAAUGCUCUAAACUGAUCAGUCCAUUUGAUUCCAAAUAUUGAUCAGUAACUGGACUGUUGCUGUCAAUAUUUCUGCUGCAGAUCAGACAGACAGGACCAUCAUCAGCACAACAUUAAUGAAAACUGACAGGAAAAUUUGAAACAAAAACUAGUUUAAAAACAAAUUCUAAACGCCUGAUUUAGCGAGCUGAUUUUCUGGAAAAGUCCCUCUGACCACUGUUCCUGUCUGCUUUAGCCUCUGCGGCGCCCCCUGGAGGUGGAAACACACAUUCUUGCUUUUUAUUUUCCUCCUCCAUGUUAUGCAGGCGAGCCGUGCCGGAAAGCAGCGCGGCUCGUGUCCGGCCCGGCUUGUGCCCUCCAUCACGGCGCCGUGUGCAGGGUCCUGAGCUGACAGCGUCCUGGCGGCGGCGGCGGGGUCCACAUCUCGCUCUCCCUCAGAAAACUGAACCGUUACUCAGAGCUGUAACUGUGUGCGCCACUCCCUCAGCAGGGUGGAGAGGAAACACUAAAAACACCGCUAACACACACACACACACACAAACUGCCUUCCCAGCAUGCCACCUGUCAGCCCAGGUGGGCGGAGCUUCCAUGGUGCUAACAUGGUUACCACGGUUACCAGUUCUGUCUGUGCCUCCGACCGUUCGCCCUCCUUCCCCACUUCCUGGCGGCAGGUCGAGCUGCUGCUGCUGCCGCCACGCCAUCGGGGCUCGUCAUGACAUCAUCACACACGGUUAAAGGGGCAGGGUUUUCAUGUUAUCCUAGCAAAUCUAAUAUGAUGUGAUGUUUAGUGACAGGACGCUGUGAGGAAGUCGUUUCAGAAUCUUAAUGAGCCGUCGGCUGCUGAUUGGCUGGCUGUGUUGGUUGGCCCCGCCCACCUCCCUGCCGCAGGGCUGCUAAAGCAUGAGCUUGGCUCGAGGCUGGCGCUACUUUAAGACUCUAAAAUGAUUGACAGCCUGAUGUGUGGAGUAAUUCUCUGCCUUUAAGCUCCGCCCACUACAGCGCGUCAGCAAACAUCCCCACCGAGCAGCAGCUGGGACUUUUAAUUUGAAAUGAAACAUGAUGACACUAACCGCAGGUGCGAGUUUGCCCACACGGCGGCGGCAGGUUGACCCACUUUGCUCCUAAACAGGAAGUGAUGUCACAGCUGGCCAGAGGUGGGCGGGGUUUUUGGAGGCCGGUGGUGAGAAGACGCUGUUUUUUUGAUCGUUUUCAUGCCAAUAAAUAAAAACAGUAUUCAUAUCUCCCUCAUAUUAGAACUGAUUCAGGUUCUGAUGUAAUAACCAAUCAGGACAGAGCCAUGAGAUGUCCUGCAAGCUGAUUGGCUGACCUGCAACCUGUGACCUGUGACCUGUGGGUGGUCCCAGCAUCGAGAAGUGUUUGGUUUUCCUGUUAACAUGACAAAUACACACACACACACACACACACACAAACUGAUCUGUGACAGUGUGUGUAUGUGUGUGAUGCGUUCAGGGUUCGCUUUGCCGCAUUGUAACCGCUGACGCUGCGUCUCGCUCUCUUCGCUCUAUAUGACGUAUUAUGACAUCAUUAUGACAUCAUCAUCUAAAUAAAUAAGCUUUUUGAAGCC